AUGAGCCUUUCUGCAACAGAGCAACCUCCGGUGCAUGGAGGUACUGAUGCUACAGUGUUGCCCACCGCUAUCGAUUACUCGAUGUUCACGAGUUCAGGCAACUGGCCGUUCGCCUCUGCUUGGCAGAAUUUCUUGAUGGAAGAGGCUAUACAGCCUCUACCGUCAACGGCCGUUAAUACCUUGCAUGACGGUCAUAACGCAUGGGAUGCAUUGCCUGCACUACCCAAUAUGUGGGACAAGCCGGAUGCUAGAAGUCCAACAAUGAUGGACUCCCAGCACGCCAGUCUCGCGAGUCCUGGGUCCUGCACCAGUGGAUCAAGUGAGACACCCGCUGUCUUGGCCGGGGGAAUUCGAGCUACAGCCGCAUUUGACAAUUCAUUCUGGAAUUCGAUCGUCAUGCCCGAUGGCCACUCCCAGGGCAGGGCACUCUCAGAAUUCCUCUUCGCCCCCAAAAUCACCCAGUCGCUCCCAUUCCUCCCUCAAUAA